AUGUAUUUAAAACGUAUUGAUAAAGUAAAUUUGAAAGGUCCGUCACUGCAUGCUGUUAUUGAAACAAAUCCCGAUGCUCUAACCAUAGCUCAUCAACUGAAACAUGAUCAUCCUUAUCCUCAUCAACGUAGACUAUUACCGCUGUAUGGUAUACCAAUACUUGUUAAAGAUAAUAUUAGGACGGAUGAUAAAAUGAAUACAACAGCGGAUUAUGCUUUAUUAGGGUCAAAAGUGCCACGCGAUGCAUUUGUUGUAAAGAAAUUGAGAGAAGCGGGUGCAGUUAUUUUGGAUAAUGAAUUGUUUAUAAAAGAUGUCAUCGCAACAAGCAUGAAAAAAUAUCGGGUAUCGUAUCAGGCAAUGCGAUGCACAAAAAAUUUCAAACAAUUGGAUCGUGUCUUCGCCCAAGAUAUCAUGAUAAACUCACGAUCCAGUGCUGGAUAA